CAGUAGCGAAUUUAAGAGUACGAAUAAGACAAAAUAAGAAUAAGAUCGCCGUCAUAGAAGCGUUCAAACUACACACAUAUCUACUUUGCGUUGUUAAUGACGGACUCAAGAAGAAACGGGAAGAUAAGGAAGCUGGUUGCUGCACAAGACUGUACAGAUUUAUCUAAAUUGUCUAAUCUUGUCGUCAAGCUUAACUCUGACGUUGAUGUAACCGAAUCGAUCGACCGCCUGUCCAGGUUGGCAAAUCAAGGAGAAUGUGGAUCUGUUCUUUGCAUGUGAUGUCGUUCCAGCACUGGUGCGACAACUUAAAAAUGAGGGUGAGGCCGCACGAAGUGCAUAUAUUAUUGGCCUUCUUGCAAGCAAGCCUAACUCUCAAGAUGCCAUUGCAAAGGCUUGACCUUUGCCUCCUCUUGUUGAUCUGCUCAAGAGGAAUGCCUACCACAAUUCCCCAAGAGCAAACAUGGUCUUAAGGCAUGCAACUCAUGCAAGAAGGUGCCUUGCUCAUGAAAAUGACACAAACAAAAACAUUGUUAGGUUAGUUUUUCGCACUUGCAAUAUAGGUUUCUUGUAAGUGUCCUCUCACCACAUUGCUUCUAUUUAGGAUUGAAGUUGCAAUCCCUGUUCUUGUUCAAUUGCUAGAAUUUGUUGAUGUGGAAGUGCUGAAAGCUUCAACAUGGCUUUUGCAUAAUUAAUAGUGUUGUUCAUUUUAAUGAAUAAUGGCUAAUAGCUCUCAUUGUUCUUUUAUCGAUUUUCAUAAUUAAUAUUCAUUUUGUUGUGGAGCUUUUUAACUUUUGUAUUUUGCCAACAGUUCCAAUUGUUCUAGGACACCUAUACAAGUUGCUUUACUUAUUGGGCGGUUAGAUGCUAAUUCAGACCGCACGGUUGCUUAAUUUCACUUUUGCGGAGUAAAUUCCCAACUCGCAUACGACUCUUAGUCUCCUUGCUAAGAUCAGCCUUGAAUCAACUUGCAACUCGAUUAUUAUGACUUGAACAAAAGGGAACAAAAAUUAUUGAACAAGAGAAUACGUGUAUUGCUUUGAUAACUCUUUAUAAAGGAAGCUUUGAUACAACUUUGGAGGUGAUUUACAAAUGAGGCAAGAUCACCUAUUUAUACUUGUUGCCUAGCAUUCUAGAUCAUUCAUAAUCUAGAGAGUUCUAAGUAUAAAAUAUACAUAAAUAUCUUUGAUAUUUACAUGGAUGGUUCUAGUAUCUUUGGCUUAAUAUCUUUGAUAUUUUUUAAAGAUUUCUCUAGAAAUCCCUUAAUUUCUAAGUCAAAACAUCUCAUUGAUGCACGAAUUCUUGAUGCACGGAGCCAAACGCGGGCCAUGGAUAUGUUUAGCUUAGGUUGUGUUCUCUUCUUUUGCAUGACUAGUGGCAAGCAUCCGUUUGGAGACACACCUCCUGAACGUGACACAAAUGUGAUCAACAACAAAAUGAAUCUCUCCUUGCUCGAACAUAUUCCUGAAGCUGGAGAUCUCUGCUCUCAAUUGCUAAACCAUGAUCCUAAACUCAGGCCAAAUGCAUCAGAGGUACUAUCGCAUCCACUGUUUUGGGAUUCCGAGACACGAAUGUCCUUUUUAAAGGAUGCGAGUGAUUGGGUAGAACCAAAACGCAAAAUACCUGGCUCUAUUGUUUGUUUAACAUUAGAAACCGAAGGCUGUGUAGCUUUCCGUACAAGGUGGGAUGUUGGAAUGGAACCUAAAUUCAUUUCUCGCAUGGAACAUAGACUCAAGCCGUAUUGCUACGACAAAGUUCUUUGCUUGCUCCGUAUCAUUCGAAAUACAAUGAAUCAUUAUGACGAACUUGAUGAUGAUAUUAAGAAUUCGUUGGGAUCUAAGCCUGAAGGGCUCGAUGACUACUUUCGUACCAAGUUUCCCAAAUUGUUGAUAAAGGUGUACAAUGUUAUGUAUAAGCUCUGCAAGAAUGAAGAAUGGUUUCGCAAGUACUUAUAAUAAUUUUUUUGUUAAGUUAACACCUUCGAUCCACCCUCAUCCCUGGCGUUUAUUCUCCUAACACUAUACGUCCCUUGCCCUAACAUCCGUUAAGUACUUUGUUAGUUUAGUGUCAAAUUACUUAUACACGUUAAACUCCGUCUUCUUCUCCCACAUUUGUAAGUGAUACAUUUUGAUGUUGAAUUUAAACAUGAUGGCAGGGCCAG